UCGGACCAAUAAGACGCCGCGGUUAGCUCGGGAUCGGGAUCUGUGGCCGUGCCUCAGUGCAGAUGGAGGAAGAACAACAGUAAGACAGUAUGAGAUUAAUGCGGAGCCUCAUCUGGACAGCUCUGUUCAUUAAACAGGCUGUGGGAGAAUAUGGCAUGGCUCAUUUUAGUGAGUGGGGAAAGAGUAAAGGGAAGGAUUACUGCAUCUUCUUCAACUCUCAGUGGGCUCGGCUACCUCAGGACCUUAAUAAAGCAUCUCGUCUGCUGGCGUAUGACUUGACAGCUUCAGUGCUGUGUUCUGCCUCUGAUGUGCCGGAAGGCGGCUUCCCAAAUCGGAUCCCCAUGGUGCUGCGUGGGAAUUGUACCUUCUAUGAGAAAGUGCGUCUGGCGCAGAUUAACGGAGCCAAAGGCCUGCUGAUCGUCAGCAAGGACCGGCUGAUCCCGCCCUUUGGAAACAAGACGCAGUAUGAGGAGAUUGAUAUCCCAGUGGCUUUGCUGAGCUAUGCUGACAUGCUGGACAUAAGCAAGAGUUUUGGAGAGCAGUGGCAGGUCGCGAUGUAUGCCCCCAAUGAGCCAGUGGUGGACUACAACAUGGUGAUCAUCUUCCUGAUGGCAGUAGGGACAGUGGCAGUGGGAGGAUACUGGGCUGGCAGCAGGGACAUUAAGAAACGCUACAUGAAACAUAAGCGAGAUGACAGUACGGAGAAGCAGGAUGAGGAAACUGUGGACGUUACCCCUAUCAUGAUUGCUGUAUUUGUGGUGAUGUGCUGCUCCAUGCUGGUGCUCCUGUAUCUUUUCUACGAUCACUUGGUGUAUAUGAUCAUCGUGAUCUUCUGCCUGGCGUCUUCUGUGGGUCUGUACAGCUGCCUCUGGCCUUUUGUCCGCAGAAUCCCAUUUGGGAAAUGCAGGAUUCCAGAGAAUAACCUGCCAUAUUGUCACAAGAGGCCACAGGUGCGAAUGCUGCUGCUGUCUGCAUUCUGUGUGAGCGUGAGCGUCACAUGGGGUGUGUUCAGAAAUGAGGACCAGUGGGCAUGGGUGUUGCAGGAUGCACUGGGCAUCGCAUUUUGCCUCUACAUGCUGAAAACUAUCAGAUUGCCAACAUUUAAAGCCUGCACUUUACUGCUGGUGGUUCUGUUUGUCUACGAUGUUUUCUUUGUGUUUAUAACACCCUUCUUUACAAAGAGUGGAGAGAGCAUUAUGGUAGAAGUAGCAGCUGGUCCCUCAGGCUCAUCAACACAUGAGAAGCUGCCAAUGGUUUUAAAAGUUCCACGGCUAAACUUUUCUCCACUGGCACUGUGUGACCGGCCCUUCUCCCUGCUGGGCUUCGGGGACAUUCUGGUGCCAGGCCUGCUGGUGGCGUACUGCCACAGGUUUGAUAUCCUCAUGCAGUCUUCACGUAUAUAUUUUCUGGCCUGCACUGUAGGUUAUGGUAUUGGCCUACUGAUAACGUUCGUGGCUCUGGCUCUGAUGCAGAUGGGGCAGCCUGCUCUGCUUUACCUGGUGCCUUGCACUCUCCUCACCAGCCUGGCGGUGGCGCUGUGGCGCAAGGAGCUGCCCCUUUUCUGGACUGGGAGUGGAUUUGUGCCUCCUCCUAUAGUCAUGGCACCAAUCAACUGCACCCAGACUCCAGUUCCGCCAACAGAAGAAACCGCAGUCAAUCCCGAGACUCAAAUCUCUGAAGUCACAACCAGUCAGAGUGAAGACCCGCCUCCUGCUGCCCAGGCAGAGGAGGUUUCUCACCUCACAGAAGAACCAGCCAAUAAAUCAGAGUGAAGGACUAAAGGGACGACAAUUUCUUAAUCAAAAAGUUAUUAUUUUUUCUUUUUAAGUCAGAAACCGUUCUGAUGCUGUUAACUACGGACAAGCAUUACAAUCAUCUCAGUUCUUUGAGGGUGGAGGAGCCGGGGGGUAAUGUUCAAGAGUGGGUUGUAUUUUAAACCAUGCACCGUGGAUCAUCCUGAAGAUGAUGAUGAUCAUCAGGACAGACACAGAUGGAGGUUCUGGAUCUGCUGGCCUUGCUUUUACAAAGAUCUCAACAGUGUUUUGUUUCUCUGCGUUAGCAAUCUGUCAUAAUUUGUGAGCGUGCAAACAAGAAAAAGGGCAGCUGUGUGUCCAACAUGCGCCAAGAAAUCAGCCCGACUCCCUGGAAAAACUUCCUUCUCUUCAGCAACAAAAACAACAAAUCUUCUGGGUCCUGUCUAACAGCACUGCAGUGUCAUACCCUUUAAAUCAUGGUGCUAUCAUGGACUAAAGAACCAAAGGGAUCAGAUAAACAAUGCAUCACUCUGUCAUUUAUUUUCUGUACCUCUGAACUCUCGAGUGUUGAAUGAGUGGCUUUGAAACUGCAGAGUGUCAUAAUUGAGGGACAGGUGGAACUAGCUGUACUCUUACCUGAACACUGCAGGCCAAUCUUUUUCACUUUAACAAACACUUAAAAAAACCUAUACAAUCAACUUUACCUUCCACCCACUUCAGAGCUAAGAGUUAGGAAGCAGCUGUGAGGCUCAUGUUGCAAAUACAGAGAGGGGGUGACACUAACUAAGCUCUUGUUGCUGAAUACAACCCAAUCCUCACAGCAGUGAUCCAAAAUCUAAAAUAAACCCAGUAGAGACAGUUACUCCAACAAAGGAUAAAAUCUUUUUAUGAGCUUGAUUUCAAAACAAACACUAAUUGAGCAAACACUAUUUUUGUCCAUAUAGUGGACUGGCAGCACAUUUUAGGGAGCUGAUGCUACGUCACAGAUCGCUCUCCAUUAUCUCCUAGAAAACACUUGUUGGUGUUUCUCCACCGCUCUGGCCUGCAGUGUGUGUGUGUGUGUGUGUGUGUGUGUGUGUGUGAGAGAGCGAGUGUGUGAGAGAGCAAGUGUGUGUGUGUGUGUGUGUGAGAGAGCGAGUGUGUGUGUGUGUGUGUGUGUGUGUGUGUGUGUGUGAGAGAGAGCGAGUGUGUGUGUGUGUGUGUGUGUGUGUGUGUGAGAGAGCGUGUGUGUGUGUGUGUGAGAGAGCGUGUGUGUGUGUGUGUGAGAGAGCGUGUGUGUGUGUGAGAGCGUGUGUGUGUGUGAGAGCGUGUGUGUGUGUGAGAGCGUGUGUGUGUGUGAGAGCGUGUGUGUGUGUGAGAGAGCGUGUGUGUGUGUGAGAGAGCGUGUGUGUGUGUGUGUGUGAGAGCGUGUGUGUGUGUGAGAGCGUGUGUGUGUGUGAGAGCGUGUGUGUGUGUGAGAGCGUGUGUGUGUGAGAGCGUGUGUGUGUGAGAGCGUGUGUGUGUGAGAGCGUGUGUGUGUGAGAGCGUGUGUGUGUGAGAGCGUGUGUGUGUGUGAGAGCGUGUGUGUGUGUGAGAGCGUGUGUGUGUGUGUGUGUGUGUGUGUGAGAGAGCGUGUGUGUGUGAGAGAGCGUGUGUGUGUGUGAGAGCGUGUGUGUGUGUGUGUGUGUGUGAGAGAGCGUGUGUGUGUGUGUGUGAGAGAGCGUGUGUGUGUGAGAGCGUGUGUGUGUGUGAGAGAGCGUGUGUGUGUGUGAGAGAGCGUGUGUGUGUGUGUGUGAGAGAGCGUGUGUGUGUGUGUGUGAGAGCGUGUGUGUGUGUGUGUGAGAGAGCGUGUGUGUGUGUGUGUGUGUGUGUGUGAGAGAGCGUGUGUGAGAGAGCGUGUGUGUGUGUGUGUGUGUGAGAGCGUGUGUGUGUGUGAGAGCGUGUGUGUGUGAGAGCGUGUGUGUGUGAGAGCGUGUGUGUGUGUGAGAGCGUGUGUGUGUGUGAGAGCGUGUGUGUGUGUGAGAGCGUGUGUGUGUGAGAGCGUGUGUGUGUGUGAGAGCGUGUGUGUGUGAGAGCGUGUGUGUGUGAGAGCGUGUGUGUGUGAGAGCGUGUGUGUGUGAGAGAGCGUGUGUGUGUGUGAGAGCGUGUGUGUGUGUGAGAGCGUGUGUGUGUGUGAGAGCGUGUGUGUGUGUGAGAGCGUGUGUGUGUGAGAGCGUGUGUGUGUGUGAGAGAGAGUGUGUGUGUGUGUGUGAGAGAGCGUGUGUGUGUGUGAGAGAGCGUGUGUGUGUGAGAGCGCGUGUGUGUGAGAGAGCGCGUGUGUGUGAGAGAGCGCGUGUGUGUGAGAGAGCGUGUGUGUGUGAGAGAGCGUGUGUGUGUGUGUGUGUGAGAGAGCGUGUGUGUGUGAGAGAGCGUGUGUGUGUGAGAGAGCGUGUGUGUGUGAGAGAGCGUGUGUGUGUGUGUGUGUGAGAGAGCGUGUGUGUGUGAGAGAGCGUGUGUGUGUGAGAGAGCGUGUGUGUGUGAGAGAGCGUGUGUGUGUGAGAGAGCGUGUGUGUGAGAGAGCGUGUGUGUGAGAGAGCGUGUGUGUGAGAGAGCGUGUGUGUGUGAGAGCGUGUGUGUGUGUGUGUGUGUGUGUGAGAGAGAGUGUGUGUGUGUGUGUGAGAGAGCGUGUGUGUGUGAGAGAGCGUGUGUGUGUGAGAGAGCGUGUGUGUGAGAGAGCGUGUGUGUGAGAGAGCGUGUGUGUGAGAGAGCGUGUGUGUGUGAGAGCGUGUGUGUGUGUGUGUGUGAGAGAGAGUGUGUGUGUGUGUGUGAGAGAGCGUGUGUGUGUGAGAGAGCGUGUGUGUGUGAGAGAGCGUGUGUGUGGGUGAGUGAGAGAGAGACGGGAGUACUGACACAUUAAAUUGAAGCAGUUUUAGCCUUUCUGUUGUGUUUGUUUUCUGGCCUUAAUUCUGUAGAUGUGAUUCUGUAGAUGGAUUGAAUGUGUUUGUGCGGCUUAUGAUCAGCAUUAUAAAGAAAUCUGAUACCAUGAUGGACUGAAACACAGAACCACAGUGUGGUAAACUUUACCGUGACACUCAUGCUUUUUUUUAAGUUAUAUUCGAUCAUUUCAGUAGUAGAAUGUUUGUAUUUAGGGUACUUUUUAUUAUUUGAAUUUUGUGCAAUGGUCAGGUGGUAGACCUGUUUACUACGUUGUUUAGAGACACUAAAUAACCUCAGCACUGUAACCCUCAGUGCGUCAUUGGUGUUGUGUCUUAUAGUCAGAAUCCUGCAGAUCCAAAUUGAAGUACAGAGUCUGAGAUUGAUUUUUUAAUUCAUAUCACAUAUCAUAUAAUUUAACUGAAUUCAUUAGGUAAAACUGAAUUUUUAACUUAAACUAAAAAGUUAUAAACAAAACCACAAUAAACCAAAAUAUAUUUUGUUCAAAUUUUUUAAAAUACAUUUCCAGCUGAAAUGUAAUCUUUGGGUUAUGAAUAAGCAAUAUCAAAUAUAAAAUAGAAUUUCAGAUUAAAUUAUCUGUAUGAUUUGAAAUUGCUCCAUUAUUACCUACAGGUAUCUUAGUUCAAAGUACAAAAUCAGUUCUAUUCUGUUAGAAGGAUUCUAACUGUAGACAGGUUGACUGGGAUAGAGAUAUUUCUGGUUUUUAUUUUAAAUAUUUUUUUAGGCAGAGGAGAGUCAUGUUUGCACAGACUUUAUAAGACAGGCGUUGAACAUGUUUAACUGUUACAGUAAAAGACAGGUGUAGAAAACUGUUUUAAGAUUGCACUCAAUAAAGGAACAAUGUAUUCA